GGGGCGGGAGCGCCCAGCACGCCCCGCGCUCCACAGAGCCCCGCUCCAUGCGGACCCGCGGGCGGGAGGGCGCCACGCACGUCGCCGCAGCGGCCGUCCCCGCGGGCGGGGACCGAGCCUGCCACCGAGCCGCCGACCUCCCUCGCCGGGAGCCCUGACUCUAUGGCCCCGGGGGAGCGUGCCGGAGCCUCCGCGCCGCCCACCACCAGCCGGAACCCGAGCGCCAGCCGGAGGAAGAGGGGAGCCCCGGGCGCCGCCGGCCCCGGCCCAGGGGCCCGCCCGCGGUCCCCGUCCCCGCCGCGGGGAAUGGCGGGCAGGUAGCCGGCUGGCGCGAGGACCCCCGCGGCGGGCAGGACCAGCCGAGGACGCCGCGGCCCCGAGAGAGGGAGGAGAGCGGCGGCCCGCCCGCCCCCGGCCGCAGCCCCAGCAGGGCCCUCCCCCGGCGGCGCGCGCCCGCGCGCGCACACACUCGCACACCGUGCCUCCGCUCCUGCCCAACCUCGCCUGCCCCCCGCGAGUGCCGAACCCCCUGGGGCCGGAUGCCAUGGGUAACAACUUCUCCAGUAUCCCCUCUCUGCCCCGAGGAAAUCCGAGCCGGGCGCCGCGGGGCCACCCCCAGACCCUUAAAGACUCCAUCGGGGGCCCCUUCCCUGUCCCGUCUCACCGAUGCCACCACAAGCAGAAGCACUGCCCUCCGGUGCCGCCCGGCGGGGGGCUCCCGGCCACGCCACUGCUCUUCCACCCGCACACCAAGGGCUCCCAGAUCCUCAUGGACCUCAGCCACAAGGCCGUCAAGAGGCAGGCCAGUUUCUGCAAUGCCAUCACCUUCAGUAACCGCCCAGUCCUCAUCUAUGAGCAAGUCAGACUGAAGAUCACCAAGAAGCAGUGCUGCUGGAGCGGGGCGCUGCGCCUGGGCUUCACAAGCAAGGACCCGUCCCGCAUCCACCCUGACUCGCUGCCCAAGUACGCCUGCCCCGACCUGGUGUCCCAGAGCGGCUUCUGGGCCAAGGCGCUGCCCGAGGAGUUUGCCAACGAGGGCAACAUCAUCGCUUUCUGGGUGGACAAGAAGGGCCGCGUGUUCUACCGCAUCAACGACUCAGCUGCCAUGCUCUUCUUCAACGGGGUCCGCACGGCCGACCCGCUCUGGGCCCUGGUGGACGUCUACGGCCUCACGCGGGGCGUCCAGCUGCUGGACAGCGAGCUGGUGCUCCCGGACUGCCUGCGGCCCCGCUCCUUCACCGCCCUGCGGCGGCCGUCGCUGCGGCGCGACGCCGACGAGGCGCGCCUCUCCGUGAGCCUGUGCGACCUCAACGUGCCGGGCGCCGAGGGCGACGAGGCCGCGCCGGCCGCCGGCUGCCCCAUCCCGCAGAACUCGCUCAACUCGCAGCACAGUCGCGCGCUGCCCGCGCAGCUCGACGGCGACCUUCGCUUCCACGCGCUGCGCGCCGGCGCGCACGUCCGGAUCCUAGACGAGCAGACGGUGGCGCGCCUGGAGCACGGGCGCGAUGAGCGCGCGCUCGUCUUCACCAGCCGGCCUGUGCGCGUGGCCGAGACCAUCUUCGUCAAGGUCACGCGCUCGGGCGGCGCGCGGCCCGGCGCGCUCUCCUUCGGCGUCACCACGUGCGACCCCGGCACGCUGCGGCCCGCGGACCUGCCCUUCAGCCCCGAGGCCCUCGUGGACCGCAAGGAAUUCUGGGCCGUGUGCCGCGUGCCUGGGCCCCUGCACAGCGGCGACAUCCUGGGCCUGGUGGUCAACGCCGACGGGGAGCUGCACCUCAGCCACAACGGCGCCGCGGCGGGCAUGCAGCUGUGCGUGGAUGCCUCGCAACCGCUCUGGAUGCUCUUCGGCCUGCACGGGGCCGUCACGCAGAUCCGCAUCCUCGGCUCCACCAUCCUGGCAGAGCGGAGCAUCCCGUCACUCUCCUGCUCCCCUGCCUCCACGCCAACCUCGCCCAGCGCCCUGGGCAGCCGCCUCUCCGACCCCUUGCUCAGCACGUGCAGCUCUGGACCUCUGGGCAGCUCUGCUGGCGGGACAGCCCCCAACUCUCCAGUGAGCCUGCCUGAGUCACCAGUGACCCCGGGCACAGGACAGUGGAGCGAUGAGUGCACCAUUUGCUAUGAGCAUGCAGUGGACACGGUCAUCUACACAUGUGGCCACAUGUGCCUCUGCUAUGCCUGUGGCCUGCGCCUCAAGAAGGCUUUGCACGCCUGCUGCCCCAUCUGCCGUCGCCCCAUCAAGGACAUUAUCAAGACCUACCGCAGCUCCUAGCCCGUCAUGGCGCCCCACCCUGCACGCCUGCCUCUCAGACUUCGGCCCCACUCCAGCUGAGGGGCAAGCCAACAGGGCCCCUUCUCUUCGUACUUGUUUUGGAAACUCUUUCCUCUUCUCCAUUAAACAUGGGAAACUGAGGCCCUUAAAGGUUUGGGAAGAAAGAAGGUAUGAGGCAGGGAGGUGAGGGGCAGGAGCAGAUUCCCCAGCAGAGGGGAGGGGAGGAGUCCACUCUCUGUCUUCCCCUUCUCUGUAGCCAGCUCUUCCCUGCAUGCUGAGGGGCUAAGUGGGGGUCUUGGCCUGUCCUAAUCCUUUCCUGUCUGGGGCAGAUUGGUAGGAAGUCCUCUAGCCCAUGUAAGAGUGAGAAAAUGUAUCCCUGCCUCCGGGCAGAUGUGUCCCUGAGCUAGGGCAUUCGGAGUAUGGCCUGGACUUCAGUGUCCAUUUGUUCUCUCAGCCAACUGCCCUUGGGCAGUGUAUAACCUGCUCAACGGCAGCCCUAGGCAGGCAGCCCCUGAGCUGCUGCCUUCCUCUCGGAGCUGUACCCACCUUUUCCUUCCUGUCUUCCCUGCCCCUCAGGCCUGGCAACCAGGGGUAAGAAGGCCAGUGGAUACCUCUCAUCCUGGGCAGGCUGCAGCCUCCAUGCUAUGUCCCUUUCCCACUCACCCAGGAUGGGUGGAUGGACAGGCCACAGAAGGCUCCAGGUUCUGGGUCCCUGACCCUGUGCCCUGGCUGAGAUGCAAAGGGCCCCUUCCUGGCCAUAACCUUUCUGCCCCAGUCAUCUCACCAGAUGCUGGUGCCCAGGAACAGCCUCUCGGUGUGAGCAAGAGAGCAGAGGCUGUCCUCUGUCAGGCUAAGAACAGCUUUACAUCUGCUGUGACUUGUCCUCCCAGAUCUCAGUACUGUCCUGAGCCUGGCUGAUACUCAAAGAGGCUGGAGCAUCCCUAGGAGAGGCCAGGGCCCUGGAUUAGGGGUGGGGGUGGGAUCCCCUGGGGUAAAACCAGCCAUUUUCCUUAUUUAUUUAUUUAUUUGGUUUGUAGGUUGUUUUUUUUUUUUUUAUGGGGGGGUGGGGGAGUGAGUUGCCGUCCCCCGAGCCCUUCGAACUCCUAGAAAUGCCCUGGUGUGUGGAGUGCCUGGUGAGAGCGUGCUGCAGAGGUAGUUAUCAUAGUUUUCCCCAGACUCCAGCCCAAAGUCCAUAGACAGCUCUGCUCACCAUGAAUUAGAACUCCAGAAAAAGGGGCUGAAUUGGGAGGCCUCCUUACAAAUUGUGUCAAAUUGUGUCCAUUUUACAGAGACACAGACUGAGCUUAAUGUCCUAGGGCUGGUGGAUCACCCAGAGCCACAAAGUGCCCUUCCUUUCUGGGCUGCAACAGGGUUAUCAAAGUUGGCUCGAAUCCAUCAGGAGGCCCAGGAGCUCCCCCUUCCAUGAGGACGUCAAAAGUUCUGGGGAGGCUGAAGGAGGGGAGCCCAGCUUGGGCCAGGGAACAGGAGGCCUACUCAUAGCAAGGGCAGGGAGGCCGUUCUUAGGCUCUUAAGCCCCAGGAAAGAUGAGAGAAGGGGCCAGGUCCUAGCACCUCUGGUUAUUCUGAUUCUGGAGUAAAGAAGGGUCCCCUACCCCUGCUCUUAGGCUGUAGUUCUCUCAGCCUUGCCUGCCCUACUCUGAGAGGCGAUGGGCCGGGGCCCACUCUGAGGGCCUAGUCUCCCCCCAGCCUCCCAACCCUCUGUCCCCCUCCGAUGGCUUUUUACAUCCAUCAGAGACUGCUGUUUCCCGCGAAUGGUGGAGUAUGGGGUUCUAGACCUGACCACUGGGCAGCUGUGUGGCCCUGUCCAGGUUAUAGCCCCUCAGCCUCAGCUGCCACCUCUGUAAAAUGAUUGAGGGGAGGGGGGAGAAGACUUUGUGUGUGACUCUUGGGAGUUCUCUGGUGAGGGGCUGCUAUAGGGUGGUGGGUGGGACAGCACUGGGGGGUCAGAACCCCAGGCUGGGACUUUGCACCUCCCUUGCAGUGGGCCUCUAGGAAGUCAUGGUUCCACUGGGUCUCUACUCCCCAGUCACUGACCCCGGAGACCCUUUCUGUGGGAGGAGGGUGGGGUGGGCCAGAUGGUGGCCCCAUCCAGUCUGGAGUCUCAUCUCCAAGGCAAGGAAAGGUCUUAAGUGCAGGGGCUGUGUGGCCCGAGGUUUGGGGAGAGGAAGCCAUCUGUACCACUGUCUCUGUUAGUGUUGGGAUAGUUGCUGCCUCCUUUGUGAACUUGGGUCGCUGUGAUUGUGAAUAAAGGUGAUUUCGUACCA